UAGUAUGGGUUAGUUGAGGCAGAAAUAACCCUAAAACAUCCAAACAUGUGGGUUAGAGUAGAGUUAUUUGCAUCUAACCCAGCAAAAAAACCAACCCGGUGGGGAGGUGCUAUUUGGGGUUAGAUGUGGUGGGUCCCAUAAAAAAGUAUCUAUCCCGCACCUGGAUCCCGCACCGCAUCCAUCCCGCAUCGCAUCCCGCCUCCCUCCCGUUCGCAUCCCGCCGCCGCCACCGCUACCCUCCGCUCCCUGCCUCUGCCCCUCCACCCCCAAUCCCUCUGCCCCUCCCGUCUCUUUCUCCCGCUGAUUUCUCGGAAGCCGUCGGCCUCUUUCUCCUUAUCCUCCAGCGGCAGAGCACGCGGCGGCGCCCGAUGCUCCGCGGCGAACAAGCCCUCCCCUCCCCCUUCCGCCGCUCCGGGCAACGAGGUAAGCGGCGGCAGCAGCAGCUCCAUGGCAAGAUAAGGAGCGAGGUGCUGCUCCCCUUCCGGUCGGUGCGCAUGUUCUUCUACCUCGCCUUCAUGGCCAGCGCGGGCCUAGGUAGCCUCAUCGCGCUCACGCAGCUCCUCCCGGCGUUGGGGAACCCCACGAGGGCGGCGGGGGUCCCGGAGACGCUCAAGGGCCUGGGCAUCGACGUGGCGGCGAUUACAAAAUAGAGUCUUGGGUAGUAUCUCUCUGAUGGAAAUAAGUUACUGCUAUACAGUUUUGGUAUUCUAUUUUGGACACAUCUUAGUUGUAAGUAGUAGAAGUAAUGAAACACGGAAUGCAG